AAGCCCAAAUCUUUGAGGAGGAAGGAACGCCGUACGCCCUUCUCGCAACGCGAUCGAGUCCCUCUCUUCGCCCUUUUUUUCUCUCUAGAAAAUUUUCCCUUUUGUGCUUUUGAUUAAGUGAGGUUUUUUUGGUGCACAAAUCCAAAUUGCUUACCCAUUCUUGGCUCUCUCUCUCUCUGUCUGCAAAGAAGUCACACGACUGUCUGUAGAAAAUACUGUACAAAUGGCAUAAUAAUUUAAAGGAGUACCCAAUGGCUCAAUACUCCGGGAGUACUAGAUUAUAUCUCCUGAGGACAAGAACUCGUCCCUAUUCGCUCGUCUGGACACGACCCAUUUAUCCUUCCAAUUUCAAAAGCCUUACCGACCCUCCAAUUCCGUCCUGUUUCCCUGUAAAUUUCAGGUUUGCCUUUUUCACGAUUGGGCUAUGAUGGUUUUUGCUUGUUUGGUAGCUGAAUGAAUUCAAACAUUCUGGGAGAUAUUUAAUAAGAUGUGGGUAAUUGGAGUUUUUCUAUUCUACCAUGUUGAUUUUUCUAUUUGACAUGCUUUGUAGAAUUACUUAAUUUGGAUGAAAAAGAGAGAGAGAGAGAGAGAGAGAGAGAGAGAGAGAGAGAGAGGGAGAGGGAGAAAUGUCGGCAACUACAAGGCAAUCUGAGAAUUUUUCAGCAGAUUUUAUGAUGGGAGGGGUAGCAGCGGUGAUAUCAAAAAGUGCUGCAGCACCUAUUGAGAGAGUGAAGCUUUUGCUGCAAAAUCAAGGAGAGUUGAUAAAAAGAGGACAACUUAAGAAACCUUAUAUUGGUGUUGGUGAUUGCUUCAAAAGGGUGUUGAGAGAGGAAGGUCUUUUCUCCUUUUGGAGAGGCAACCAGGCUAAUGUCAUACGAUAUUUCCCUACUCAGGCUUUCAACUUUGCAUUCAAAGGUUACUUCAAAAGCAUUUUUGGAUGCUCAAAAGAGAAAGAUGGAUACUUAAAAUGGUUUGCUGGAAAUGUGGCUUCAGGAAGUGCAGCUGGAGCAACUACUUCGUUGUUACUGUAUCAUUUGGAUUAUGCUCGGACACGACUAGGGACUGAUACAAGGGUGUGUCCAGUUAAUGGUCAGCGCCAUUUCAAAGGGAUAGUAGACGUUUACAGUAAAACCUUAGCCAGUGAUGGAAUAGUAGGACUGUAUCGGGGCUUUAGCAUUUCAAUAAUGGGAAUUACGCUGUACCGAGGCAUGUACUUUGGGAUUUAUGACACCAUGAAGCCUAUUGUUUUGGUUGGACCUUUCGAGGGAAAUUUUCUAGCUAGUUUCUUUCUGGGUUGGAGUAUCACUGCCGUAUCUGGGGUUUGUGCCUAUCCUUUUGACACACUUCGCCGGAGGAUGAUGCUAACCUCUGGACAACCUAUGAAGUACCACAAUGCCAUUCAUGCCUUUCAGGAGAUCAUUCGGCUCGAAGGUUUCACAGCACUUUUCCGAGGAGUAACUGCAAAUAUGCUUCUUGGUGUUGCAGGGGCUGGAGUGCUUGCGGGGUAUGAUCAGCUGCACCGCAUGGCUUAUAGGAAUGGUUAUUCUUUUGAGCCACUCAAGCAUUCUUUGAAAUGAGAAACUGGACAUGGAUUGUGUAUACUAGUAUAUUUACUGUUGAUUUAUUCCAUCAUAAGGAAAAUUCAACAAGGUUUAGAGAAAGGUAUCAAGGGUAUGAAAUACGAAGAAGAUAUUGGUUUUAUGGUCUGUUUCUAUUGCCUCCCACAAUGACUUAAGGAGAUAGGUUUCCAUGUGUAUUUGUACAUUUGGGAAUAAAUAAUGCUAAUUAAUCAUUGUAGUUUUAUCUCUACAAAUACAAAAUUCAAGCAAUAGAAUCAUUUUUUUCUCCCA